GAGCUCUAGCUCGUUGAUAGAUUCGACUAGCGUAACUCCAUUAAAGCAUGUUUUAGUAACUUCGGCACUAAUGCGGAGUGGGAAAGCAUGUCGCGCAGAAAACAGGCAAAACCACAACAUGUUGAGUUGGACCAUAACAUGUAUUUAUCCGAAAACGUGGGGGAUGUGCAACUUUCUUUGACAAUACCUUCCUCAGUGGCCUUCAAGGGUUAUGUCUGUAGCAGGUGCUGUGCUGAGUUUACAGAGCUGUCGGAUCUGGGGGAACACAGGAAAGAAUGCUCUCAAAAUAAUUUAGUCCUGAUUGUGAAUGAAAAUGAAGACCCAGAGUUGCUUUCUGAAAUGUUCUCUAUUGGCUUCUCAUCUCCUAAUACACCGGGAGAACAGAGUGAAAUGGUCAACAGUUUUGAAACUGAAGAAAUCAAUGAUGUCCUUGAGGACCAAAUGGAGGAAAGUGAAGAAUCUAUGGAUUUUUCUGGAUUUAAGAGCAGCAAUGGUAGUCUUGAUAGACCAAGCAGCACCAGUGGCAGCAGCUGCAAUGGCAGUAGCACUGAUAACAUAACUGACAACAUCUCAUUUUCCUCCGUUCUCCCAACAUCACUACCUCAACCUAGCAACCCAUCGGAAAAGAGAAUGUUCUCAUGGCUCAACAGCAACGUCAUUAUUGAGAACCUUGAGAGCACCAAAGUUGCGGUGGCACAGUUUACACAGCUCAAUUGUACUGACUUUAGCUGUAGUGGUAAUGGUAAGAUGUCUGUCUCAUCUCUCAUGGAGCAGCUUUUGGCUCUGCAGUUACAGCAGAUCCACCAGCUACAGCUAAUCGAUCAAAUUCGUCACCAGGUUUUGUUGUUUUCCUCCCAGAGGUUGAAGAUGUCAGAAGCAACCACAAGCUGCAACCAGGACUUACCCUUGUCGAAGCAGGCCAAUCAGCUCAUGACCUUGAGCUCACAUCUGUCCCAGCAGCUAGCUGCAGCGGCUGGUCUUACUCAGAACCUGGCCAGCCAGUCUGCUAGUAUUGGUCACUUUAAACAACUAUCAGCAAUGGUACAGGUAGCCAAGAGUAGUCCUGGUGACGGUACCCAGUCUAGUUCAGAACCCUUACAAAGCAUGGGUAAACUGGUGAACUCGGCCAUGAACAAGAAGCUUUCCAAGAAGCAGUCCACAUUUGAAAACAGUAUAUACCCUAAACUGAAUUUAUCAGCGCAAAAGAAGCAGUCCAUAAGAGUAUUUGGACCAGACAGCUUUGUAAAAUCAUUGAAUGACUCCAGUCUACCUCAUUCGCCACAAAACAAUCAACCAGCUGCUAGUACAAUACCAAGUAAAAAUUUGGAGAACCCCAACACUUUGACAUCAUUGGCACAGCAAAUUCAAGGAAAACCAACAAAUACUACAGUUUUUGAUCCCCAAAUCCCUUCCAAAGAGGCUUUCUUCAAACAUAAAUGCAGAUUUUGCGCCAAAGUAUUUGGAAGUGACAGUGCCUUGCAAAUCCAUUUACGUUCACACACUGGAGAGAGGCCAUACAAAUGCAACAUCUGUGGAAAUCGUUUCUCCACGCGUGGAAACUUAAAGGUACACUUUCAGCGCCACAAGGAAAGAUAUCCACAUAUACAAAUGAAUCCGUACCCUGUUCCAGAACACCUAGACAAUAUCCCAACAAGCAAUGGAAUUCCUUACGGCAUGUCUAUGCCCCCAGAGAAAGCAGUCACAUGCUGGCUUGAUGGUAAACCACCUCUGAUUGCUUUACCUACAUCUACUGACUUGCUGCUUUCAUCAAGAUCCCCCAAUCUUCUCUCUCUCAUCAAGAAAGAGGAGCAGUCUGUCUCUAUAAGCACACCUUUUAGACCAGAAAUUGGUGACUUUGUUACAUCAGAAAAGCAUAACACGAACACUGACUUCACAGAGGCGGUAAAAAGCCCUAACCUUAGCAUCAAUCUCAAAAGUGAAGGUCUGAAACUCCCUUUAAACUUGGUCCCCAAAAUGACCCCUAAAGCGGGAGGAUCACCUGAUCAUCUAGCCACUGAUAUUCAGUCAAUCCAUGCAGAUCCCAACAAGAUGAAGCAGUUCAAUACCAAUUAUUCCUUUGGGGGAGUUAAUCUGUUCCAGAGUUCUGAAACCUCCAAACUGCAGGAACUGGUGGAGAGCAUUGACAAGAAGGUGGGUGACCCAAAUGAGUGCAUCAUCUGUCAUCGAGUAUUGAGCUGUCAGAGUGCCCUGAGAAUGCACUACCGAACACAUACAGGAGAGCGACCCUACAGGUGCAGAGUGUGUGGCCGAGCGUUCUCUACCAAAGGAAACCUUAAGACACACCUUGCUGUUCAUCGUGCCACGCCACCGUUGAGAGUUCAACACUCUUGCCCCAUCUGCCAAAGAAAGUUUACUAACGCCAUGGUCCUUCAGCAACAUAUCCGCAUGCACACUGGUGGCCAGAUCCCCUGUGUAUCCCUUCCAAACCAGAGCAAUACAAAGUCAAUGGUAUCUGAAGAAGACUUGGACAAGUUUUCAGAUAAAGAAAUGGAGGACUUUCAAGACAGUGGAAUCAUGCCAAGGUUUGAUUCAUCAUCUGGCAGCUCAUCUCCAUCUUCAGAUAACAUGGCAGCAUAUUCCUUUGAUAGUAAAGAGAUUGGCUACCUUGGCAAAGUAAUGACGACACAUGGCAACUGCCUGAAGGAAGUAACAUUAACUGAAGAGGACUGCCAACUCUAUGAUUCAUCAUCUCUUUCCGGUGGCCUGAAAGGCUUUGCAGGCUCUGACACUACAAAUUCAAAACAGCCUACAUGCAUGUUCCCAAACAAGAGUGUCUCUGUUGAGUGUAACCCUACAUGGUUCCAGGAUUCAUACCAUGCACAAAUAAAUUCAAGACCACUCCAGCUUAAUUCCCCUGACAUUGCAUCCUUAGACCUAAAACCACUAAAAGAUCUCAAGGGGCCCUCAGAUAUGAUUACCUCCUUCCAUGAACAAGGCUUCUUAAAGAACACUGCAUGCGAUAUAUGUGGUAAGACAUUUACUUGCCAAAGUGCCUUGGACAUCCAUUAUCGAAGUCAUACCAAGGAAAGACCAUUCAUUUGCACAGCUUGUAACAGGGGAUUUUCAACAAAGGGGAACCUUAAGCAGCACAUGCUAACUCACCAGAUGAGGGAUCUGCCUUCUCAGCUGUUUGAGUCUUCCAAUCCCAGUCUUGCUUCCAGUCUCAUCCCAUCUGGCCAAUCCAUGAACUAUCCAAUCAUCAUCAAGACAGAGGUAAACAACUUCCUGAAUGUUUCAGGCAAAGAAAGGGACUGUUCUGGUUUGAGCACUUCCUCCGCCACAUCAGUUGUUGAUGCUCCAACACCUCGAAGGACACCUAAGCAGCACUACUGCUUGAACUGUGGAAAGACCUUCUCUUCCUCCAGUGCUCUUCAGAUCCAUGAGAGGACCCACACCGGGGAGAAACCUUUUGCAUGCACCGUCUGUGGAAGGGCAUUCACUACCAAAGGAAAUCUGAAGGUCCACAUGGGAACUCACAUGUGGAACAGCACCCCAACAAGAAGGGGUCGCAGACUGUCUGUAGAAGGACCGUUGACAAUUAUAGGGACCCAUCCUGUGAGGCUCCCAGAACCUCCUCAAAAGGACAUGAUGGUCAGAUCCAGAAAUGGUAAUUCCCUGUAUCUUUGGAACCACUAUACAGAUUCUCUCUCAAAAACCUUGACAAAAAGGGCCAAUGAUAUCUCAAUAAUCCAGGCUGGGGGUGUGUCCUAUUGCUCUGGGCCAGUAGGAGCCAAGAGAACUUCACCUAUUGGAGGCAUAACUGUUGGUUUGGAUAAGCUUCGCCACAAUGACCACAACAACUCCUUAACAAUGCAUGGAAAGACUACAGCAGAUAGUGAUAGGAAUUACUGUUUCACACGUUUAAUAGAAGAGAGGAAGGAAAUGAUUGCCAAUUAGGAUUAUACUGUAGUUUGAUUUGAAUUUGGGAGGGUAGUUUAUGUUCUUUAAAAAGUUGUUAAAUAUUGGUUAUGAAACUAUUGGAAUUUAUGUGGAGUCUCAUAGUGAAGUAUUCUCUUUCUAAUGUGUUGUUUGCAUUUUGUGAAUUUCUGUGUUGAAAAAACCCUUCUUAAUAUUUGACUUUUCUACAGUAAUUUUGAGGCGCUUAUGAUGCUAAAAGCAUAAUUUUACAUUUGAAUUGCUUUUCUGUCAAAAAAACCUCUGCUAUCCAAUUAAUCAUUCAUGCCAUCCAACCCAUCUUAAUGAUACACCUUUAGUACUUCAAAGCUAAGGUUGGGAGCAUUUAGUUUCGAACCCCUAAUGGUAAUGGCUGGUUGAAUACUGCUUUGUCUCUGAAAGGUUAUCAUUUUAAAAAGCAUAAUUAAAUAGCUAAAUAAUCUUACAAAUGUAUUGUGAAACUGUUUAAAUUAAUAUAAGUCAUGUGUCUAGAUAUUCUGAGUGUUACAUUUCCAAUGUUUAACCAUCACUUUAAAUAUUUGUUAUUAACUUCAGUUGUAUAUUUGAGAAGGCAAAGAUAUAUUUGUAGCAAUGUUUCUGUUGUAGUUUAAACAGGUAGACUUGUUCGCAUUGAUAUUUGUUUUUCCUUUAUUUGUAUUUUUUUUACAUUGCAAAUAAAGAUGGAGCAUUUACUUCAUAAACAUUUUACAAUACUGCAUUGGCAAUUUUGGUAAAAGACAGACAACCUUGUUUAGUCCAAUAGUUAAUAUUUUUUACUGUUCACUGAUAAAAAUAAAAUAUUCAGAAGGGCAAUGCUUUGAUCAUUCACAUUCUUGUUUCUCUCCAAAAAACUCAUAGGAGCAUGUUUGUCCUGAAACCAGUUUACUCUGUCUAAGGUGUGUCCAUGUGUGUAAUUGGAUGACAAGAUUUGUUGCGACAUUCACUUUAAGGUAACAGCUGAUGCAGGGAAGUUAUGCAAACCGGAAGUAUUUGUCUUAAUAAAACUGAUUGUGAUUCAUAUCUUUAUGAUGAAAACAUGAGUUAAAUUCAGUUAUUUAGAAUGACAUGUAUGAGCAG